UGCACACGACGCGCUCUUCCUGGAAAAUCUGGAAAAGCCUCCGACUUGCUGCCGAGUGUCUGGCCCUACUUUUUUUUUUUGGUUCUUUAGUUUACUAACUUCUGAGCUCUCUGGCUAGCCAGUUAGUUCAGUUGGUCAGUGAGUCAGUGAGUUAGUGCGUCAGUGGGAAAGUGAGUCGUCCGAUGGGCGAGCGGGAGGCAAACGUCUUUGCCCCACCCCCUGCGGCGGCAGCCAAAUUAUUUAUAAAGGACAGCAACAUCAGCAGCAGUAGCAGCAACAGCAACUAGUUGGGCAAGCGGAAAAGCAAGGAAAAAUCGAGGAAAAGCAAGGAAAGCAAGGAAAACGCACGCUGCCACAGGCGACACUUUGCUCUCUGCUGGCGUCUUUUGGCGCUUUGCUGGCGUCGGCAUACGCAAAACAAAUACAAAUUUUCGAAAUACAUUUUACGCGCGCGUGAAGAGGAACGGAAUUACGGCGAAAAGCUUUGGGCAAUCUCCGCAAGCCCCAAACACACGCCCACGCGCACCCAGAAACGCUACGCUACGCGUACGAAAUGGUGCAAACCAGUGCAGAUGGCUCCGACUUCAAGGAGCGGCUGAUAGCCAGCGUGAAGAAGGAGGUGAAGCAGCUGAUGGAGGAGGCGGUGACCAAGAAGUACGUCCACGAGGAGAGCAGCUCAGUGACCUCACUGUGCGGCGCUGUGGAAGCCUGUUUGAGCCAGGGUCUUCGCCGGCGUGCCCUGGGCUUGUUUAAGACCUCCUCGACGACGGCACUGCUCCACAAGAUUGCCAAAAGUUGCCCGGAGGCGGAGCACAUCAGCAAAAUGGUGCAGGAGAUCGAGGCCAGUGACCCGAGUAAACGAUCCUCCAGCAGCAGCGACAGCUUCCAGCGGCCGCCGAUGCUCAAGAAGAGCAGCAGCAACUCGAUGUCCGCCGGAACCAAUGCGGCGGCCUCCUCAUCCUCCGCCUCUGCUUCCAUCAGCGUCAGUGCCAGCAACUCCAGCAUGUCACUGGCCAGCAUGAAAUAUUUGUGGAUUCGGUUGGCUCUCUACGAGAAGCGUCUUACCAAGAUCAUCGAGUACUUGGUGAGCAAUGCCAGCAGCUUCUACGAUCGCGACUCCCUGGUGGCCGAUCCGGAUUAUGGAUCCAUCCUUAGCUCCUUGCUGGUGGGUCCCUGUGCCCUGGAAUUCACGCGGGCCAAGACAGCCGAUCACUAUUGGACCGAUCCGCAUGCAGAUGAAUUGGUUCAACGACACCGGAUCAGCUCAUGCCGCCGCUCUUCUUCGACCUGCUCUCGUCCGGCGAUCAUCAACUUCAAGCGGAGCCUGAACACGAGCUCCGAUGAGGCCAGCAGUGGAUCCUUCAAGUCCAUUGCCUCGGCCAGUGUGGCCAAGGACUAUGUGGAGUCGCUUCAUCAGAAUGCCAAGGCCACACUGCUCUAUGGGAAGAACAAUGUGCAUGUCCUGCCCAAGGAUGUAGCCGAGCCGAUGCCCGGUUACUUGAGCUUGCACCAGCACAUCCAGACGCUGACUAUCAAGUGGACACCCAACCAGCUGAUGAACGGCUACACCGAGGCCGAGGAGGCGGAGGACAUUGACAAGGACGCCUUCUGGGCCUAUGCCCUGAAUAUCAACGUGGACGAGAUCGUCUACGUCCACUGUCAUCAGAGUCGCGGCGAGGAUAGCGGUGGCACUGUGAUCCUUGUGGGCCAGGAUGGCGUCCAACGGCCACCUAUACACUUUCCUGAGGGUGGCCACAUGCAGCAGUUCCUCAGCUGCCUGGAGACCGGUCUCCUGCCACACGGCCAGCUAGAUCCACCGCUGUGGUCCCAGCGAGGCAUCGGCAAGAUGUUUCUCUGGCCCAGGAGCAUGCGACGCCGCAUCUUGCCCUCGGUGAUGGAGUCAGUGGACGAGACGCCCAUCGACUACGUCUUCCGCAUUGUCAGCAAAAGUCGCCACGAGGAGUUCGCUGCCACCCACUCGAUCCUGGACUUUGUGCGCAGCACCCCGCGGAGGGCGCAGCUGAGCAGCUGCUCCACCACCGGCAGCAGCGACUGCUCUAAUAAGAGCCUCUCCAUUGACCAGUUCCCGCUGGAGUCGCCGCUGCUCCUCCAGCAGCAGCAGCAACAACAACAGCUGCUCCAGGCGCAGAGCACCAGCAUCGAGAUGGUCUGCUCCACGAUGCGCAGGCAGAUCAUCUCGAGGGCCUUCUACGGCUGGCUGGCCUACUGUCGCCAUCUCUCCACGGUGCGAACUCAUCUGUCCGGCCUGGUGCACGGCAGGAUUACGCCAGAAAUGAAAGCCGAUGAGGAGGGACUGACCAAGGAGCGCUGGCAGUUGCUGAAUGUGGACGGAGUCCUGGAGAACGCAACAGAGUUCUAUCGCCUGGUCUACUUCGGGGGCGUCCAACCGGAACUGCGGCAGGAGGUGUGGCCGUAUCUACUGGGUCACUACGCCUUCGGUUCCACAACGGAGGAUCGCAAGAAGCAGGACGAGACCUGCAAGCACUACUACGAGACCACGAUGAGCGAAUGGCUGGCGGUGGACGCCAUUGUGCAGCAGCGGGAGAAGGAGAAGACAGCACGGGCUGUGGCUAAAUUGAGUUCCGGCAGUAACUCCGGAAAUGAGAGGACCGUGAGAGCAGCUGAUCUCGAAGCGGGCGGCGAACUGGAGAACGAGGUGUUCGAGGACAUAUCGGAUAUUUCCGAUCCCGGAGACCUGGAGUUCGAUGAGCAGCAGCAGCAGCAGGCGGAGUGCCAGAUGAGUGGCAAUCACCUGAGUGUGAAGCCCAUUCCUAGGGCCAUGAAGACCAGCACGGAUUCGGGCCAUGUGGAUGAGGGUGAGAACUUCAACGAGCUGGACGAGCAGGAUGAGGAGGACGAGAAGACCGAGCAGCAGGCCCAAAAAGAUCAGGAUCGUGAUGACCAUGAGGAGGAUCGGAAGGUAGAGGAUCCGCUUAAUCCAGAGCCAAGCUGCUCUACAUCCACAGCCUCAUCGUACGAGACAGUGGGUCCUGGCGGUGCCCAUCAGCAGCCGACCAGCGACACCCGCAGUGUCCUCAGUCCGGAGUACUUGAGUGCCGACGAUCUUCAGCUUCCUGAGGACGAGGAUGCAGUGAAGCCACCACAACCAGCCACAGCAGCUGUCAUCAUUACCAAGGCCUCUGUGGACAUAACCCACUGGGAGCGUAGUCCCAAAUUAGGAGACGGCGACCAAAUGUCACCCGUUGAGGAGCAGGCUGGAGAAUCUGGCGGAGCAGGUGUCAAUCUGGAUGCUCUUCAGGAACCUAAGUCGGCCUGCGCUUCACCAGCCAGCUCCAAUGGAGGUGUCUAUAGUAGCGAGCUUCUGGAGCAGUUCGGCCUGAAUCUCCACCGGAUCGAGAAGGAUGUGCAGAGGUGCGACAGGAACUACUGGUACUUUGCGAAUGAAAACCUAGACAAGUUGAGGAAUGUGAUCUCCACGUACGUGUGGGAGCACCUGGACGUGGGCUACAUGCAGGGCAUGUGCGACCUGGUGGCUCCCCUCCUGGUCAUCUUCGACGACGAGUCGCUCAGCUACAGCUGCUUCUGCAAGCUCAUGGAGCGCAUGAUCGAGAACUUCCCCAGUGGCGGAGCCAUGGACAUGCACUUUGCCAACAUGAGAUCCCUCAUCCAGAUCCUGGACUCAGAGAUGUACGAUCUGAUGGACUCGAAUGGCGACUACACGCACUUCUACUUCUGCUACCGGUGGUUCCUGCUGGACUUCAAGAGGGAACUCGUCUACGACGACGUCUUCUCCACCUGGGAGGUGAUCUGGGCGGCCAAGCACAUUGCCUCCGGCCACUUCGUCCUCUUUCUGGCCCUGGCCCUGCUGGAGACUUAUCGCGACAUCAUCCUCUCAAACAGCAUGGACUUCACCGAUGUCAUCAAGUUCUUCAAUGAAAUGGCCGAGCGGCAUAAUGCGCAGUCGGUGUUGCAAUUGGCCAGGAGCCUGGUCCUGCAGCUGCAGAUGAUCAUCGAGAACAAAUAGGGGAAUGGCUAAGAAGAAGCCAACUAAGUAGAGCGUUAAACUAGAGUCUAGAUGGUAGUUCAGUCAAAUUUCGCUUGCCAAAGAUAACCGAAAACCCACUAAGAUAACCCUAACUAACUAAGAUAAAAAGCGGAUUAACAAGAAAACAAUAAGUAUGUAUCGAUCGAUGUCUUCGAUGUAGAGAACACUCGAGUAUCUAACCUAGAUUUGUAUGCAAACCGAAAACACUAACUGAACCUGGAACUGUAACGGUAAUCCUAAUGGUUACUAUAUUUUAAUGUCUACGUAAGUUCUUCCUAAACUCUUCACGCAUAUCCCCAGAAAUAGAGGAAACCACGAAACAGGGGCAGCCAAUGCAAAAGACUCUGAACAAAAGAAUGAAAUCUUAUAUAUAUAAAAUCUUAUAUAUGAUAUCCUUAUACACCUGUAUAGACAUCUUUUAUUCACACUCUGCACUCGAACAAUUUGUUUUCAGUGUUUCAGUGCUUUAUAUAUAUAUAUAUACAGGAACACGCAAAUUAGUAUAUAGAGAGUAUAUAGAGUCGGGAGAGUGCAAUGUAAUUAUCACGUUAUAUCAAGUGGCAAAUCAGAUUAUCAAUAUAUGUAUACACAGAAAGUGCGUUUUAGCAGUUAUUUCAGAUCAAGAACUUUUAUUGAUUAAUUCACUUUUUCAAAAACUUUGAUAUUGAUGUAUAUUGUCCUUCAACUCUAUUGUUUGUAAAUCCCUUACCCCCUAUUCUGUCGGAUAUCAUUAUCAAUCUAAGAAACUAUUGAUCAGUAUUACUAUCAAUGUUUUUCUAAGGUUUUGAUCUGAGGCAACUGUAUUAGCAAAUCGCACGCUAGGAAUAUUAAUAAAAAAUAAAAACACACAAAUUCAGUUCCGAAGUAAGCCCGACUUUUAGCUAAACCGAACUAAACUCUGUACCAUCGAAAAAUAUCCAAUUGUGUGUAACAAUCAAGUCAACAAUAAGUCAAGUACCCUUAAGUAUCCAUAUAUAGACGGCAUAUAGUCGUCGGAUCUUCUGUGUCUAUAAUCUGUGUAAGCUGCCAAGCCAAGCCAAGUUCCAAAUUCAUUUUAAUUUUGAUUUAAAUUUAAUUGUGUUUUAUUUUUAUAUAAGUCUACAUAUAGAUAAAGUUAUAUAUAUAUAUAUAUAUAUUUACAAAGCAAAGUCAGCGUGUACGUAUAUCUUUCUCCCCCCACUGUGUGACUCUCUCUCUACACCGAGUAUAAAUGUUGUGGAUUAUCUUGAUACCUUAAUUAUACUCUUUGUAAAUGUACCUUUUCCCGGGCAAACAAGAGGUAGACGAUAAUACCUCGGCUCCACUUUAUCUCAAUUACAAAUAUAUAUACACCCCCACAAUAUGAUUAUGAAUAUGAUUAUAUAUACAUAUAUAUAGUAUAAAUGUAUACAAGUACAAAGCAAAUGAUGUCGGUAUGUUUGAAAUGGAAUUAAUAAAUAACACAUAUACGAUAUAU